CACCAUCAUAGCCCGCAGCUCCAACAGCCCGCAUGCCGCCCAAGCGCCGCCUGUCCAGCAGCGAUGCUGCAGGCGGCGCCGCUGCCGCAGCGCCGCGCAGCGUGCGGCGGCGGGCCGAGCUGCGUGCCUCUCGGCGCAUCGACUCGGCCGGCGCGGCACCGACGCCAGCCGUGGUGCGUGCCGUCUCUGCCACGGCGGCGGCGCAGCUGCCGGCACAGCUCGACGUCGCCUCACAGCUGGCUGCACACGAAACGCAGAUCUCGGCGCUGCAGCGUGCCAUGAAGACCGCCCGCGCCGGCGCGAGCACGCGCGCCUGGCAGAGCCUUCCGCGCGCAGAGCGCCGCCGGGCCGCCUCGCACAACCUCCUCGCCCUGCCGGCCCGCCUGCGCGCUCGUGGACGGGCGGAGAUGGCUGCGUCGACCACGACGCCGCGCUCGCGCAGCGAGACGCGCAAGCGCCUGGGCGCUGCCGGCAAGAAUGGCGGCUAUCCGCGCACCAACGAGCGCGAGCGGCGCGCCGAGAUGGCUGGCCGCGCGGGCAAGCCAAAGGCCCGAUGGCUCGAGACGCACCUGUGGCAUGCCAAGCGCUUCCGCAUGUCUGGCACGGAGCCAAAGAUCGUGCGGCACGGCAGCGACACGCACGGCGGCUCCGAUGCUGCACCGCACAGAUGGGGCUUUAGCCUGGCCGAGGAGCCGCACAUGAAGGGCCACCGGGCCGCAGCCCGCACCGUCUCGAGCGGCGCCGCCGUGCAUGAUGCGAGCUACACGGUGUCGCUGCGUCUAUCGGCACAUGCGGCGAGCGGACUGGAAGCCGAGGCAGCGCUGAAAGAGGCGCUGCGGGGAGCAGGAGUCGGUGAUGCCGGACACCGAGACAGAGCCACGGACAGCGUCCUGCUCGGCGGCCCAAGUCGUACCGCGCUGCAGGCGCCCGUGCGCGUGCUUUGGGUAUCGAGCGACGCUGCUGCAGAGACGCCUAAGCCCCAAGAGCCGGUAGCGAGUCAGGCCGAGCUGGCAGAGCCGCAUUUGUCGGACAAGGCCCUCGGCAAACGCCGCGCCAGCGUCGAGGCAGACAUCGAAGUGGGGCAUGCGGCCGAAGUCAUUCUCCUCAUCCAUCCCGCCGGGCUAGCUUCCCUACAGAGCGCCCUCGAGCUCUCUCUCGCUGCGCUCGAUUCGCCCUCCUCGCAUCUCUCGCUCCAAGUGCUCGAGUCCGCCUCUCCCGAGGUGUGCGUGCGCUCCGAAUCCAAGGGCCGCAAGCACGGCGGCGCCAAGAAGGCUGCGGUGCCGCGUGUGCGUGCUGCUGCCGGCGACGCGCAGAAGCGCAAGGCGGUGGAGCAGCAGAGGCAGCAGGGCUACAAUGUCUUUGAACUGUGCGGCCCGCACUGCGGCCGUGUGCUGGGCGGCGUCCUGCAGCCGCUGAGCAGCACGAGUGCGGAGAAGCGACAGGCAUUCAAGCUCGUCACGCGACAUGUCACGCCGGCGCAAGUGCGGCCAGGCACGAUGCUGGCACUCGACGUGCACGACCCACGCAUAUUCUUUCCGCCAAAGAAUGUCAAGCGCACGGACUUGACUGAGCGGGAGCGCAAGCAGCUUGCGCAGGGCCUGUCGGUACUUUCGGGCGAGGAGGAGCAGGCGGAGGUGCCGCGCAUCCUUGCGAGCGGCAGGCUGCUGUCCGAAGGGGCGCCCGAGCCACGUGUCGCCAAGGGUGAGCUUGACUCGCAGCGCGCCAAGAAUCUCGUCCCAGGUCGCCGAAUCACGCCCACGUCCACCUCCGACAUCGUGCCGAUCCUCCUCAUCGCGCGUGCGCAUCCCACCGCCGGCUGGACGCUGCUCGUGCCUCGCGGCUGGGCGCGCGCCUUCUGGCUCUCGCUCGUGCACAGCAAGAGCGUCGUGCUCUCUCAGCUUUCGCUCGCACAUGCGAACCUGGAAGCCGCGCGCCCGGCCUUCCCUGCCGACUGGGUCGGCACAGCUGCGCACGCGCGCCUCGCCAAGGAGGAGGCGACGAGGGAAAGGGAGCGCUGGGAGCGAACGCCGCCUGCAAAGCGCAUCGCGUGGGAGAGCGUCGGCACGCGGUGGCCAUGGGGCGGCGACGGUCUCUGGCAAGCUGUGUGCGGCCUCGAGAAUGCCGCACAAGAGAGCACGCUGGAUGCGUCGCCGUCGAAGCCGAAGCCCUGGCUCCUCGCGCACCCGGAUCUGGCGCCUGCGCACCCAAUGGACGCCGCUGCAUUGCUGCCCAUCACCAUCUCCGCGGCGCGGCGCGGCAACUUUGGCCAGCAUGCCGAGCUACAUCUGCCCUCUGCUCGCGAGCGCCAGGCGUGGUUGGCCGCACUGGCAGCAUGUGCUCGCGAGGAGGGCACAGAGGAGAAGAGCGGGCGCGAGACACUGCAAUCUCUCGAGCAGGACACCCGCGCCUCAUCGCUUUGCGGUGCCACGACGCGCGGCACCUUUGUCCUCGCCAACGGCCACGCCGCAGCACUGGGUUGCAUCUCGCUGCGCGCCUGGCGUGAGCUGUGCGCCGCUGCUGCCGCUGGCAUCUCGUUGUCCUCGUCCGCUUCCGCCGGAGGCGGCAGCGAGGCGAACCAGCGCCUCGAGCCGGCACAGCGCCAUCUCGUGCUGGUGCGCGAGCGGAGCGGCGGCGUGUGGCGUGCCGCAUGGCUGGCCCUUGCGCUGAUCCAGUAG